AUGUCAAAGGAAAAUUUAGGCAAACAAGUAUGUCUCUAUGACGUUUAUGCUACUAAAGAUGCCAUUGAUGAAGAGAUAUCCUUCAUCCUCGAGAGCAAGGAUGCUCAGGAAAGAAGCUCCUAUGAUUACCUGAAAAUUCUACUUGGGUUUGGAGCAGCUGGACUUGGAUAUAUCUCAUACUUCAACUAUGCUAAAUUUCCAUCAGGCUGGCUCCCCUCUUUGGUGACUAUUCUGAUCUACUUUGUUAUUAGUUUCAUUCUAAGCUACAUCGAAAAUCACAAAGAAAAAGACUGAUUUCUAGAAAUUGAGGGUUCUUCCAUAAAAGAGCUCAAAAGGUUUGAUUACUCACGCUUUUGUUCCUUCAUCAAAGACUGUGACGAACAUUACUACUUUGCACUGGAAGGAGUCAAGGACAACGAGGUUAAGAGGAUAGAAAUGGAGAUCAGCAUCACCAAGCUAUUUGACUCAGAAGGAUAUUUACAUAAAGACAAAGUUCAAGAACUAGUAUUCAACGCUGCUCUUAAGAAAAUAUCUGGGAAGAAGAACUAAGCAAGCCAUAUUUUCAACACUUGUUUUGAGUUUGGGGUUUUGGG